CUUCAUCCUACAUACAACUUUCGUCUUCCUUCAAACGACAACUGGGGAGCCUAUUCGCUUGGCCUUAGCACGCUGUCGCCUCAACUCAUUGAUGCGACACGUCCUGUGAGAGGCAUUUAUUUUCUUUAGUCCCAGGUUUUGUAACCGCAUUGUCUUUGUUCACCCGGAGUCUGCUCACGCAACGAGCUCACCACAAAUUUCCGAAAGGUCGACUUCCGCAGAAUUGCUACGAUGGGUAUUCCCGCGGCUUUCCGAUGGCUUUCUUCCAGAUAUCCCAAGAUUAUCUCGCCGGUAAUUGAGGAUCAGCCCCUUACCAUGGAAGAUGGCUCCACGAUUCCUGUUGACACGACUCGCCCAAACCCGAACGGUGAAGAGUUUGAUAACCUGUAUCUCGACAUGAAUGGCAUCGUUCAUCCUUGUUCUCAUCCUGAAGAUCGACCAGCUCCCAAAGACGAGGAGGAAAUGAUGAUGGAAGUCUUCAGAUAUACCGAUCGCGUGGUGAACAUGGUUCGGCCCCGAAAGAUACUCAUGAUUGCAGUUGAUGGUGUUGCGCCUCGAGCCAAGAUGAACCAGCAACGGUCAAGACGAUUUCGUUCCGCACAAGAAGCCCAGGAGAAGGAGAAGGACAAGCAAGAACUUAUCAAACUUCUAAAACAACAGAAUGGUGGUAAUUUGACUGCCGAAAGUGAAGAGACUGUCCUUAAAAAGGCUUUCGACUCAAACUCGAUCACCCCUGGAACGCCUUUCAUGGACAUUCUCGCCCUCAGCCUGAGAUAUUGGUGUCAGUACAAACUCAACACGGAUCCUGGUUGGGCGAAACUUAAAAUCAUCAUUUCUGAUGCUACUGUUCCCGGAGAGGGAGAGCACAAGAUCAUGAAUUUUGUUCGGUCCCAGCGGGCAUCACCAGACCAUGACCCCAACACUCGGCAUGUGAUCUAUGGUCUUGAUGCCGAUCUUAUCAUGCUGGGGCUUGCAACCCAUGAGCCUCAUUUCCGUGUCCUUCGUGAAGACGUCUUCUUUCAGGAACAGAAGGCUCGUUUGUGUAAGCUCUGUGGCCAGAAAGGACAUGAUGCCCAGAAUUGCCGUGGCGAGGAAAAGAAGAAAGACGGCGAACACGACGAGAAGGACAAAGGUGUCGCUCUCAAGCCUUUCAUCUGGCUUCAUGUCGCUGUGUUGCGAGAAUACCUCGAAGUUGAGCUCAGCGUCCCUAAUUUGCCCUUCCGCUUCGACGUGGAACGUGCGGUUGAUGAUUGGAUCUUUAUGUGCUGUUUCGUGGGUAACGAUUUCUUACCGCAUCUUCCAGCCCUGGAAAUCCGAGAGCAUGGAAUUGAUACUCUAACCAAAAUCUGGAAAGACAAUCUGCCUGUUAUGGGUGGCUACGUCACCAAAGACGGGCAUAUCGAUCUUGAAAGGGCGCAGGUGAUUCUGAGCGGCUUGGCCAAGCAAGAAGACGGUAUCUUCAAGCGGCGAAAAGAACAGGAAGACCGGCGUGAGGCCAACUUCAAGCGGAGAAAGCUGCAGAACGAGAACAAUGGCCGAGGCGGACGUCAAGGUGGACCUGCUCAUCCGAAGAAGAUCAACGGCCUCGAAAACCCUGCCAACGUGCUACUCCAACCCAUUACCUCCUUUUCUGGGCCGAACGAGCAGAGACUGACGCACGACAUGAUUGUGAACCGCAGUAGCGCGCCAGAUGCGAAUGUUGCCAACAAGAGCGCCGCGAGUGUCCUCAAAGCCCAGCUCCAGUCGCAGAAGUCACUAUCAACCGCGAAACCAGCGGAAGCGGAUCAAGAUUUUGCUUCCGCUCUAGGAAAACGAAAGGCAUCAACUCUCGAAGAAGGGGAUGGUUCGACUCCUGAUACAUCCAAUGCUCCAACUCCAGCAGCCCCGGCAGAGGAGGGCCCCGUCGAUGAUGUGCGCCUCUGGGAGGACGGCUAUGCCGAUCGAUACUACGAGAAGAAAUUCCACAAAGAUCCCCAAGACAUCGAGUUUCGUCACGAGGUCGCACGAGCGUAUGUGGAGGGUCUUGCUUGGGUCUUGCUGUACUACUUCCAGGGGUGCCCCUCUUGGGAGUGGUAUUACCCGUAUCAUUAUGCCCCAUUCGCAGCUGACUUCCAAGACAUCGACAAGAUGAAGAUUUCCUUCCAGAAGGGCAGAAUAUCUAAGCCAUUCGAGCAGUUGAUGAGUGUCUUGCCGGCUGCAUCACGCCAUGCCCUUCCGGAGGUUUUCCACGACCUCAUGCUCAACCCAGAAAGCAACAUCAUUGACUUCUAUCCGGAGGACUUUGAGAUUGAUCUCAAUGGCAAGAAGAUGGCCUGGCAAGGUGUUGCUUUGCUUCCUUUCAUUGAGAUGCCUCGCCUACUAGCCGCCGUUCAAGCAAAAUACCCAGAACUCAGUGCAGCAGAUUCAGCACGCAACGAAAUGGGCAGAGAUGUUUUGAUCUUCUCAGAAGCCCAUGAGAGCCUGUACGAUGAUGUUCUAACCAAGUUCUACUCCAAGAAACAAGGAGACUCCAAAUUCAAGCUGAACCCGAAAAAGAGUGACGGCUUGUCGGGCAAGGUCGAGAAGAAAGAGGGAUAUGUUCCCCAUGAAGAAUUGAAGUACCCUCUUGAGAGGAAUGGUAUGCCCAAUCUCGAAUAUGAUCGAUCAGUCAGCGUCUACUACGAUAUGCCUUCCGUUUCACAAACACACAAGUCGAUGCUGCUUCGUGGGGUUCAGCUUCCGAAGCCUGCUCUCACACAAAGCGACAUUCAAGAUAUCCGGAAUAAGGCCAACCGCGGAGGCAGGAAUGGCGGCUUCGGACGAGGAGGCCACAAUCGAGGUGGCUACAAUGGCCCUGGUAUGUCGCGCGGGCCUCAGCAUGACAGGCACCAAGGAGGAUAUGGUAGAUCCAAUGGCCAUUACCCUCCGCCGGCCGCUUCUCAUGUGCCUCCACCACCAGGAGCCCCUGGAUUCGGGAUCGGGGUACCACCACCGCCCCCACCAGCUCAUUAUUACAAUCACCAGCAGUACGACAACCGCCACGGUGGUGCUCCAGGCUAUAACAACCAAUACAGAGGCCCACCACAGCCACCUCACGGUGCUUCUGGUUAUCAGGGGUACGGAGGACAAUCCUAUGAUAGAGGACGAGGCUCAGGAGGCUAUGGUUCUCGAGUUGCUGAUCAAAGACGGCUAGCAUCGAGAUAUGUGCAUUUAUGUCUGAAAACGGCGAGCUCCCCUAUGCGUGCUACCCCUGUGGGGACUGUUCGCGGGGUUUGGCACGAACGCAGUGACCCUUGGCUCCCCCAUCGAGCUGGCACCAGUGGCCAGAGCCUACAGCAAGACGAUGUCCUCCACGUUACAAGAGCCACCUUGGUCGAGCUAGGAAACACAUCUAUAUCCACAGUCAUCGCGUCGCUUCUGGUUCUACUCGAGGACCUUGCUCGCCCUUACGCAGCCGUCGCCGACCACCCCAGCCAUAUCUUGGCCUCCGAGCUCUACAUUGUUGCCGUUAUUGCAGACUGCUGUUCUUCCCAUUGGGCCUCUAUCUCACAGGACGCAGAUGUAAAACCGGCUCCGGCUCCUCCUCCGCUAGACGAAGUACUUGUGAGCCGCCUGUUCGACGCGUUCAAGCACCUUCUUGAACCGAUCCCCGAGAACUGUAUACUCCCAGCCCAGACUCUACUUGACCAAGUCUCGACGCGAAAUGUCUCCGUCGCUCGCCCCGAAAGCUCUUCUGUCUCCUCCGACGCCGAUAGUUCCCCCCCAAGCGAUGAGAGGUUUGCAGAGACGUUGGUGGAGAUGGACAUCCACAUCAAGACAGUGACCGAGUAUGUCACUACUUCCAGUUGGACGGCUGCCUUCGACUACUUGAGGAAUGUCAUAUACACUAUUCGAACUAGUAUUGUUACGCAGCCUGGCGUCUCUACGCCUGGAUCUACUCAAGAUGCAGAGAGAGCAGCCCUCGUCGUUCUGCGAUUACUCUCUUUCUUCUGGGUUGAUGGCCCAAAGCUGGGUCAAGUUAUACAAGAGAUCUGCUCAAGCUUCCUACACUUUCGAAAGCCUUACCAAAACACUAUUGCUGUAGUCUCUCCAUUGCUGAUCAUGAGAUGGCUGGAUCGGUUCCCCCGCGAGUUCGUGCAGCUUCACCAGCUUCACAAGCGACUUGAUGGCGGAGCUGAUACACUGUUUGACAUGGCGCAGGCUGCGACAGAUAACGGACGUCGAAAAGGUCUAUUCUACCCUCUCCAAACCACUCUGCUUUUCCUUUUGCCGGAUGUUUUUGAGGUAGCGAGCAAUAUGCGCGAAGCAAAGAGCAGUAGCAUGGUGAAGAAAGUUACCUUUCUAGACGGACUGAGAAAAGCUUCGCGCAAUCGAAACGAGCAAGCAGCUUAUUGUCUGGUUUCUCUGCUCCGUGCUGCCAGACAUUUUGAUGUUGAAAGCGACUCGGCGCUUGUCAGUUAUGCCUUGGAUGUUCAGGAUGAAGUCCGCGAUGCUGUUUUUCGCCGUCUUACCGCAUCAGAAUACGGACUCUUUGAUCAGGACAUGAUGACCGCAGCCUUUGUGAGCUUGACCCAUCUCAAUCUUGAUACGAGUGUCAGCGGCUUUGUUGAAAGCUGUAUCGCUCCAAAUGCCCCAAGCAGUUUUAAGCUAGCUACUGUUCAGGGCUGUACGUAUUUCGCUCAGCAGCCAUAUGCUCUAAGGUACCACGAACUAUUUGAUGCGGCGAUACCCUUCAUGCGGACGCAAUUAGAGACCGAAAAUGCCAAGGCUGUCAGUACGAUGGGUCGACAAGGGAGUGAAAGGACAGAACUGGUUUGCAGCAUUCUCCAAUUCUUGGAUGCAUCCCCAGCUCGCUUGUUAGAUGAUCUGUCAAAAGAUGGUUCAAAUAAUAGCUUCUUCAAGUCCUUCCUUCUUUGCGUAUUGUCUGAGAAUCCGGCCGUGCGUAAACUUGCCACUGGCGUUGCAAGCCGACUCUUUCAAGGCCAUCUUGAGGCAUACCGCCAAUUCGAUACUGGGCACCGCUUCGGCACAAAAGAACUUCGUGAUGAUAUCUGGAGUCGAAGCUCCAAAGUUCUACUUGCUUUAUGCGAGUCUGUCACCUCGAAGAAAGAUGACCAGAGCUUGCGCGAUCUACAAGACUAUCUAGAAGCACGCUUACUACUUCUUAAGAACAUUCCGGAACUGGCCAAAGUACCAGAGGACGCACCGGAUGUCAUCAAUGCAUCUUCCAAGCUCGAGACGACACUUCUUAUCUCCCUUUGUUCUGCCAGCAUUACAACUUGUCAACUGGUGACUUCCUGCACAGGAUUGUUCAUUCAAGAGUGCUCGAUUGUCGACAAACAUGUUGAGUCGGCAAAGUCUUCGGCAUCAGUGCUUCGAAACGCCGAAGUCUACCGCGAGAUAUCCUCUCCAGCCUUCCGGUUCACUGGACUAGUUGCAUUCCAGAAGCGAGUAAGGGGUCUUCUGCGCCGCAUGCAGUUCCCAACGACGGGCAUCGUAAACGCCUGGGAAACCGCAUUCGAUCGUUGGCUUCAUCUUGCAAAGGAUGUCUCAACAUCAACUGUCGAGAUCGUGGAUGGAAGAGCGCUGGCCGAGUGGCGAAACUAUUCCGGAUUCUUGGCAUCCUUGGGUGGCAUUUGCACCGCUGACCAGGCUAUUAUUCUCGAAGAGCCUGCUCUUGGAGGUCUAAGAUGGAUCGACCGUGUCUCUUCUGAGCACUCCGAGGAACCACUUCUAACAAGAUACCUGAGACUCAGUAUCCAGCUUUUAGCUUGUGCCAAUGUGAGAGUACGCGAAGCAAUGCGAGAUGUGCUUGCCAGUGAAGUCUCGCCUGCGCUUUACUAUCCGCUAUUUCGAGCCUUAGAAUCUGAAUUAGAAGUAUUAUUCACUGGAGCUCUGGCCCCCGUUGAGAAAGAUCAGGAUAGUGAAGUGGUAUUCGCUGAGCAAGCCGCAUCUCUACUUCGGGCUCUUGUGGAAAGACUAGAAAGCCCCUCUGACCUUGGCGCGGCCUCCUCAGUUCAUCUGGGUGCGCUCACGCUUAACUUUGCGAAGUUCCUGGAUGGCGUCACCGAUACACCCAAUACGCUAAGGGUCAAGAUCCGGGUAUGCCACCUGUGCGAAGUGGUGACGAAGCGAAAAGAGCACCUGAACUUGCGGGACGAUGUUCGCAUUCGGAACCAACUACUUGAAUACAUUUUCGGCUGGAUUGCUCGACCUCGCUCGCCUCAGCACGGCCCUGGCUCCCGACAAGACGACACGGCUCGUGUGCAGAAAGACCUUGACAAGGCUUGUUUAAAAUCACUGGCUGAUUUGACUUUUCGUUUGCCAUUGCAACCCUCCGAAAGCCAUACUGAUGCUGGGAUGAGCGAGAUGAAGUCGCAAAUGUUUCAUACAUAUUUCAACCGCUUUCUGUCCUUGCUUAAUCAUGAGCCAUCAGAGCUGACUAGGACUGAUACGAAUUUGAGCGUCACUCUUCGUGAAGAGUCUGCAUCAAACUCAGAUUUGGCCAUCACCAUCUUGUCCAAUUUACUUAGUGCUAAUAUCGAUGUUGGCCUCAAACACUCUCUUAAUAUUGGAUAUCAUGACAAUGUUGAGAUCCGCACUGCCUUCGUCAAGGUCCUCUACAACAUUCUGAUCCAAGGCACUGAGUUUAGCAACCUGACGGACUCGGCUGUGAGUGAGAAGUAUGAGGAACUACUUGAGUUACUGACCAGUGAUCUCUCCCUGGCCAUCUCGAUGGCCGUUGCUUGCCCCAGCACCGAGGUGGAUGAGCUCACUAUCUGUCUUCUCACUGUUUUCGAGCAACGAGGAAUGAUCUUUGAGCUUUUGGAGGCACUCAUCAAACAAGAGAUUGAAGAUACCGAGAAUGAGGCUGAGAUAUUACGACGAGGAUGUGUUGCAACCAAGAUGCUAUCAGUCUAUGCCAAGUGGAAGGGUGCUUCGUAUAUUCGAACGACGCUACAAAAGGUCUUGGAGCGGCUUAUGCUGACAUCUAAGGAUCUCGAUCUCGAGCUUGACCCUGCAAGAGUCAGCUCGACAGAGGAGCUGCAGAAAAAUGCUUUACAGCUGCGUAUUGUGGCCAAGGUUUUCAUUGACGACAUAUGCGCGUCUUCUUCCAACAUUCCACCCGCUUUCCGCAAGAUUUGCUACACCAUAUCAAACGCAGUCAUGCCACGGUUCCCCGAUGCCAAGUACACAGCUGUGGGAGCCUUCAUCUUCCUACGAUUCUUUUGCCCAGCUAUCGUUGCUCCUGAAGUCGAGGGCCUCGUGUCGACAGCACCAUCUAAAGAAAUGCGGCGCGGUUUACUUCUUAUUGCCAAGGUCAUUCAGAACCUCGCCAAUAACGUGUUGUUUGGAGCAAAAGAGCCAUACAUGUUUCCCCUUAACGACUUCUUGACACAGAAUAUUUAUCAUGUUACGACGUUUCUUCGCGAGAUUUCGGUUCCUCCCAAUCAGUUGGAGGUGCAAGGCACGACGGAAUCGUUCGACUUUGGAUCUUGUGUUGCGCUGCAUCGUUUCCUCUACGAUCAUUGGGACCAUGUACGCCAAACACUUAUCUCACGCGAGAGAAAGGAUUACGGUAAGACAUCUGGGGAUGUUGUCCGUGGGAGAUCACCAGUCCUGGAACCGCUGAGAAACCUGAUUGCGAAUCUUGGUCCACCACCACUUGCUGUUUCGUGGAACAGACCCCAAGUCUCAUCCAACAGCCCACCGCUGUACUCUCGAUUUCAAAACUUCAUGCUCCGAAAUGCCUUUCGAAGUACGGAAUCAUUCUUGACGGCACGUGCUGUUUACGAUGGUGGUGAAAGCAAGGACGGCUUGUCUAUAAUCUGCGUCAUUUUGCGUCACAUUGAGACGGAGAGCAUCGACUAUGACACAUUAAUGUAUUGCUACCUCAAAAUUGCCAGCAGGUUGUGGCACAGACCCUUUGGCAUCUUGAUCGAUGCGACCUGCUAUAAUGGCCGCAACGAGCCUCAGGAUGACCUGUUCAAGAAGUUGGAGCUCCUAACACCCUCGGAGCUGUCACAAAACCUUAGCCGUAUUUAUGUUUAUAACAUGAACAGUGCAUUCAAGCGGUGCUUUCGACGCCUACUGAGGGUAUGCACCAAGAACGAGAACGGCGUAUUUAACCCUAAAAACGUCGAAUAUCAUUUGAUAGGAAGUCUUCAGGACUUACAAGCGCAUUUUCACCUUAGCCAGCUACAUCUACCCAAGGAAACAAUCAGUGUCGUGACCGAUACACGAUAUGUCUUUCAACCGAUCACCCGCUUGUCAAAGUCAAAGGGUAAGAUUGAAGUAAUUAUCAAAGUUGGCAGUCAGUUUGUGCAAGUAACAACCACGAAAAAGCAAGAGAUUUUCGCGGGAUUUCGAUUGGGCACGACCGUGAACGACAUCUUCCGGUUGGGCGAAGUUGACGAAGCACCAACAUCCAUACAGACUGAAGAUGAUUCGGCUUUUGGCUUACGAGCUGACAACGGGAAGAUCGUGAUGUACUUUACGAGCCCAAAGAAGUCAGAUGUGCUUCAGACGAUCCGGGGUGCCAAGGCGAAACAUGGCAAGGAUAGCAGGGCUCAUAAAUCUGUUGAGCGCCUCAUCAGGCCACAAGAUGUGCCAGGCACGCUCCUGAAUCUUUCGUUGGCGAAUUUGUCGAGCCAUGAUCAUAUUCUAAGGCUGUCUUCCUACAAUCUUCUUGGGGCACUUUGCCGGGCCUUCAAAUUCAGCUCUGCUUCAAGGAUCGUCUGCACCAAAGAUGUUUCUGUUCCUUUAGAUCCAACCCGUUUCGUAGUGGACAUCAGUAAGGAGUUGGCAUUGAGCGAGCCUCAGUUGACGUCAGACUUUUUGACAGAAUUCUUCGUGGGCUGGGAAAGCUUCCCGGAUGAACAGAAGCCUCUAAGUCUUGCCUAUAUGGCUCCUUGGCUUCCUGGCCUACGGACCAACAUCCUCACGAAUGAGCUGGAUGGGGAGAAAGGAAGAGAAAGAGUCGCAAUUCUAUUUCGAAAGCUUAUUGAUGUGACUGUACAGGAUCAUUCACUCACCUUUGCCUUGGAACAAUCUGUAUGGCCAAGGAUCGUUCAAGACGAAAUCUUGCUCGAGGUUUUCCUAGAUGAGCUCCUGAAGUCAGCAAUGAGCUAUAGCGCGCAUGACGAAUCUUUAGAGGUCAUUGCGUCUAUUGUGGUUGGUAUUGGAACUGUGACUUUACGCGGUAAGAUCCUUUCAAGGCUCCGUAAAGCUCUUAACCGAUCAUCGCUCCGUCCGACGAAAUACCUGCCAGACAACGCAGUCUGGUCUGAGAUCUGUAUUUUGCUUCGGUUCUGCCUCGCACUAUCUUUCGACAACGGGGUGCAAUCUCAGCUUUUCCUGCCGGAGAUCUUCCAUAUCGUGACCAUGUUGGCCAACACUGGUACUCAAGAGGUUCGAUUACUUGUUUACCGGUUGCUUGUCAACACGGUUCACGCCGUAUGUACAUCGUUCAGCCUGGAUGAUGCCAGAUCUAGCAAACUGCGAGCCAGUCUAGAUUUUCUAUGCGAUCCUCGUAGCGACAUUUUCACGGCGCCGCCAACCUUUCCUCGCGAUGGUGCCUCGGUAUCGACUUCACAGGACGCAGGUCCCGCGUUGACGGCGACCGAAAACCUCGCAUCUGCUCUCUUUGAAAUUUGCUCCGUCGCUGCACCAACAGUUGACCUUGCUAAUACAUGGCGAUCGAGGUGGAUGAGCCUAGUUGCAAGCACGGCCUUCCAAAAUAAUCCUGCUAUUCAACCCCGUGCAUUUGCAGUUAUGGGUUGCUUGGCUCGGGAAGAGGUCGAUGAUGAUUUGCUCUACCAAGUACUCGUUGCUCUGAGGAACAGCGUCAAUCGGUUUGGCGAGGACCAUAACAGUGAAAUGCUUGUCUCUAUCGUCACUUCGUUAUCGAAAAUGAUGGCAAAACUCCCAUCAGCAUCGCGCUAUGGUCUGCAGCUUUUCUGGCUAGCCAUGUCACUCGUGCGGUUAGUACCUGCGACUCUAUUCAACUCCACUGCACAAUUUCUUGAGGCGGUGCUAGCGAACAUAAGCACUAGCGAAGAGUUCCGAGGAGACAGCAUGGCCUCAUUACUUCUUCAAGGACGAGCUCCGUUGGACGAGGCUGCGUUGCCCCUGGAAGAGAUAUAUGGUAUACACUUCGAGGAAGAAACCUUCCACCUCGCGGUCUGUGCAUGUCUGGCACGUGGACUCACUGACACCAUGACACGACAAAUCACCAUGCGUGUCUUAUCUUCUUUCCUAGAGAUGAUGACCGCGAAUGUGGAGGGUCGGGAAAAGGCUGAGAUGACCCAGACCUCACCAUAUCUGUCUCUCCUGACUGCCCGCGCGGUUGAGAAUGACGAAUUCAAAGACAGUCUGUGGUCUGCUGGUAUUAACGCUGAUGAACUUGGUUUUGCUAAUGGGAUGCGCAAAUCGCCGGAUCUCGAAGGGAUGCCGGAUAAUGUGGUCUUGUUGAUCACCGCAAUCGAGCUUGUUGACUUCCAGUAUGUGGAAGACUCUGUGCAAAGGCGCAGUCUGGAUUGGCUUAACAAGCUUGCCAAUGAACGCCCUAUCGUGGUAGAGCAAUUAGCUGGAGCCAUUCGCUCUUUAUUAGAUGAUACUUUACUACACAGCCAAAAUUCAGCGACGUUAAGAGCUGCACACACUCUUUUGCGGGCGUUGUCAUCGACACAACAAUUUUCAAGAGCCCCUGGCUCGAUGUCCACAUUGACCGAGGUUUUGGACUCAAUGGGUUUUGCUGGGUUAUGGCGAUCAUGUUCAUUUGGAUCAAUGGAAGAUGUAAACCGUGGCUACCUUGAGCUGACUGAGCGAUUAAUAGAGUUAAUAAUUAUUUAAAUAAUUAAAUAUUUUUAAAA